AUGUAUUAUCAAUAUUGGAUAGAGUAACUAAAGAUAAUUUAUUAUUUGAGACCUUUUUAAAAGAAAGAAAUUUAAGAUUAGAGUCACUAUAAAUAAUAAUAGAAUAAAAAGAAUAUUAAAUACAACAGGAGGCAGAAAAUGAUAAUACUUGGAAGGAAUAAUUUAGAGAAAUUAAUCAAAUUAUCAUAAAUUACUUUAACAGAAUAUUGCAACCAAAGCUGA